AUGACGGAGAUCGUGAGGUUUAAGGUUGAGGUAGAAAAUAUUGGUAGAAGAGCGAUAGAAGCGAAUAGUAGUCAUCAUGCAACACGCUAUGGCAUCGACUAUGUUGUCCUCGAGCGACGCAGUGAUAUUGCGCCACAAGUGGGUGCAUCUGUGAGUUUGAUGCCAAAUGGAUCGCGAAUUUUGGAUCAGUUGGGCAUGUUUGACACGGUUUCGGAAAAUAUCGAACCGUGUGUUUUUAUGCAGACGUGGGAUGAGGAUGGGAGAUUGCUCUCGGAGACUGAUUCGCCAAUUUUGACGGGGAAGAGAUUGGGAUACACGAUUACUUUCUUGGAGCGAGAGAAGCUGCUAGAGAUUUUAUAUGCAAAUCUUCCUGAUAAAUCGAAGGUUUUGACGGGGAAGUUCGUUAGAUCGAUCGAGCAGAAUGACAAAGAGGCGGUAGUAAUUUGUGAAGAUGGGUCAAAAUAUUCCGGGGAUGUGAUCGCGGGUGCAGAUGGAAUCCAUAGUAUCGUAAGAUCAGAAAUGCGACGACAAAUUGCAAAUGAAGGAUCAGAAAAAGAUCUCGAAGCCUUGAAAAGGGAUGAUAUUGCUCUUUCGGCGGAAUACAGUUGUUUGUUCGGUAUUUCUAACCCAAUUCCAGGAUUGAAAAUUGGACACACGCAUCGCAGCUCAGGAAAGCGUGCUUCAACUUUGUUGUUUGGUGGUGUUGAUGGUCGAUUGUAUUGGUUUCUCUUCACUCAAAAUGAACAAAGGGAUUUUGGCGAAGACAUUCCACGGUAUAAGAAAGGGGAUGAAACUAACCAUGUUGCAAAACACAUGCACCAUCACGUAUCUGGAAACAUUCUCUUUUCCGAAGUGUGGAAACACCGCAUUGUUGCAAAUUUUGUAGCGAUCGAGGAAAUGGAGAAUGAACAUUGGUUUUGGAACCGUGUGGCUUGUCUUGGAGAUUCUAUACACAAGAUGACACCGAAUCUUGGUCAAGGAGCAAAUUGUGCUAUUGAAAGUGCAGCAGAAAUGGCAAACAGUCUAGCGAAAGUCUUAAGAGAGGACGGCACCAAACCUACCAUUGAGGAAAUCAGAAGCGCUUUAUCGCUGUAUCAUCAGAAGCGCAAUACGAGGGCAAAUUUGAUCGUGAAAGCAGCGAACAAAUUCACCCGUGUAGAAGCUCUUGCUACGACCGGUGAUUGGGUCGCGUCUAUGUUCAUACUUCCUCGCCUGGGUGAUAUUCUUGCCGAUCGAGGAGCAAAGGUUCAGGUGGGAGCUACAAGAUUGGACUGUCUCCCGAUACCAAAAAGAGCAUUGGAAGGGACCAUGCCUUGGAGUAUGAAUUCUGGUAUUGGGAAGGAAGAAAACAAAAAAAGGAGAGCUCAACUAGCGUUGCCGUUCUUGAUUGGUCUCUGGUACUUCUGGAAUAGAAUACCAAGGCCAACAACGGUGCCAGCCGGAGAAUCUUUAUCAGAUGUAAAGUCUGGGAUGUUGGAAUCUAUUUUUGAUGUUAUGCCAUUGGUAACAAUUUGGACAGUUGAAAGUUACCGUCGCGGAAACGCUCUCACCAUCGCAAAUAUCUUGUAA